AUGGACAUGGACGCCGCGCCGGCGCUGAAGAGGAAGGGCGCGGACGCGUCGGAGCUGUGGCUGGACGACGGAGGCACCGGGUUCCCCGCCGCCUUCCGCGCCACCAAGAGCCGCCGCCUGGACGCGGACGUGCCGCCUGUCGUGCCCGGUGCGGUCGCACCGCCACCGCUCCCUCAGACGCAGCUGGUGCCGGAGUUUGGGGUUGUUCAAGGGGCGCCGCCGAUGUGCGGCGACGUGCCGGUGGUGCCGGUGGAGGUGGCGGCGCCUGGGGCCAACGAGGAGCGGGCGAUCGUGCUGUACAGGCCCGCCGAGGCCACACGCAGCCUCCUGCUCGGCCCGCUCCGGCCCGGCGCCCCUCUCCGCGUCUGCCCCGACUGGAUCCAAGGACUCAAGGGCACCAUGCUGCAAGAGGCGAACAGCCACGGAGCGAUGUUCGCCGGAGAGGAGAACUCCAACCUGGCCAUGGUCCCAUGGGCGCCGUGGGCGCCGCACCGCGUGCAGGCGCCGGCCACGGCCACCGAGAUGAUGGACGCCGAGGACACGUCCAUGGAUGUGGAGCAGGACGGGGCCGACCAGUCCUCAGCGACGCACCAGCAGUGGCCGCAGCACUGCAUGGUACCGCAGCCGCUCCCGGCGGCGAGCUACCAGCCGAGCCCGGUGACGUGGUCGUGGUGAAGCGCGCUGCCAGCCAGCCGUGCUAUAGUGGUAGGAGAAGAGUACGUAGGUGCGGCUGCCGGUAGUGUAUUUCCAUCGAGGAGCAGAGAGUAGGAAGGAGGUGACGCCGUCCUGUUUUAGAAGGUGCGAGGAGAAGGCGUUCCCUGCUGGUAUCUGAACAUUUUGGUUUUAACCGGAGCAAAGGAUUACUCCGAAUGUUGUAUUCUUCGUUCGUGAAUUUCGCUCGCUAUCUCUACUGCUCCAGAUAAAUUCCCGUGUACCAACUACCAGUAAG